AAAUAGUAAAAUCCAUUUAAUAAAGUGUUUAAUAAAGCUUAUAAUUUAGUGUUUCCGAGUGUUGGGCAUAUCAUUUCAUACUUACCAGAGUGAGUUAUAUAACCUUGAAUCACGGGACUCCAGUAUUGAUCAUUUAUUUUUAUUGUUGUAAACUAGUAUUUGGAUCAAUUUCACUCAGAUCAGACACACUAAAAGGCGAGCUUACAUCUAACAAUCAUUAUGCAUCGCGCACGUGCAGUGUUUCAAGUAUCAAAUAAAGUUGGCAACACUGAAAGGUUUGCAUCAUGGCUGCUCAACCAACCCCAGAAAGCCGCUGUGGCAGUUAACGCCAGUAGGUGGAAGAGUUCCACAGCGGCUGAGCCCUUCCUCAAUGGCUCCAGUUCGGCCUACGUCGAGACCAUGUACAACUCAUGGCUCACUGACCCUAACUCGGUGCAUGCGUCUUGGGACGCGUUCUUUCGCAAUGCCACCGCUGGGGCCCAACCAGGCUCGGCGUAUACCGCACCCCCAAAUCUCGCACCCUACAACAAGAAUGAAGUACCGCUGACAGCCCUAGUCCCAGCCUCAGGCGGAAUGCCCUCAAUUUCUGCAGGGUCCCCAAUUAACGAAAAGAUCAUUGACGACCACCUUGCUGUUCAGGCCAUCAUCAGGAGUUAUCAGUCCCGGGGUCACCUGGUAGCGCAUCUCGAUCCCCUCGGCAUCUCGACGGGAGACCCGGUGUCGAGCGGCGACUGGCACGGUGGCCUGAGAGCCUUCGCCAAUGAGGCUGUCAUUAGACAACACGUUCGAUUUGAUGAAGCCGACAUGGACAGGGUAUUCAAAUUACCAUCGACCACAUUCAUUGGUGAAAAGGAAAAGGCACUUCCUUUGAGGGAAAUCCUGAGUCGCUUGGAGGCGGCUUACUGUAACAACAUUGGCAUCGAGUUUAUGUUCAUCAACUCCCUGGAGCAAUGCAACUGGAUCCGGCAGCGGAUGGAGCCGCCCAACGUUACCAAGAUGAACAACGACCAGAAACGACUGAUUCUGGCGCGACUCACCAGGUCUGCCGGCUUCGAGAACUUCUUGGCGAAGAAAUGGUCGUCAGAGAAGCGUUUCGGUCUGGAAGGCUGCGAGAUCCUGAUCCCGGCCAUGAAGCAAGUCAUCGAUGUCUCCACUCGUCUCGGAGUCGAGUCUAUCAUCAUGGGAAUGCCGCACAGAGGUCGUCUGAAUGUAUUGGCCAACGUGUGCCGCAAACCUCUUCACCAGCUGUUCACACAGUUCGCUGGUCUCGAAGCCGAAGACGAUGGUUCCGGUGACGUGAAAUAUCAUUUGGGUACCUACAUCGAGCGUCUGAACCGCGUGACGAACAAGAACAUCAGAUUGGCCGUGUGCGCCAACCCCUCCCACUUGGAGGCCGUCGACCCCGUGGUCCAGGGCAAGACCAGGGCGGAACAGUUCUACAGGGGCGACAAUGAGGGCAAGAAGGUGAUGUCGAUCCUUCUGCACGGCGACGCAGCGUUCGCCGGCCAGGGCGUGGUGUUCGAAACUAUGCAUUUAUCCGACCUGCCGGCGUACACCACCCACGGCACCAUUCACAUCGUCGCCAACAAUCAAAUCGGUUUCACCACCGACCCUCGCCACUCGCGAUCAUCUGCUUAUUGCACAGACGUGGCCCGCGUAGUGAACGCCCCCAUCUUCCACGUGAACGGGGACAAUCCCGAAGCUGUGAUGCACGUGUGCAAUGUCGCGGCCGAGUGGCGCGCCACCUUCCACAAGGACGUGGUCAUCGAUAUAGUGAGCUACCGCCGCAACGGACACAACGAGGUCGACGAACCCAUGUUCACUCAACCUCUUAUGUACCAGAAGAUCCGCAAGACCAAGCCUGUGUUGGAGAAGUACGCCGAUCAGCUGAUAGCCGAAGGUGUAGUAACCGCGGAAGAGGUGAAAGACGUAAAGGACAAGUACGACAAGAUCUGCGAAGACGCGUACAACCAGGCCAAGCAGGAGACGCACAUCAAGUACAAGGACUGGCUCGACUCGCCCUGGUCCGGCUUCUUCGAGGGCAAGGACCCGCUCAAGAUGUGCCCAAGCGGCGUCCACGAAGAGACCCUGGUCCACAUCGGCAAACGCUUCUCAUCGCCUCCCCCCAACGCGGCCGAGUUCGAAAUCCACAAGGGUUUACUGCGUAUCCUCAAAGCUCGCAUGGAAAUGGUGGAAAAUAGGACCGUGGACUGGGCCUUGGCUGAGGCUAUGGCGUUUGGUUCCCUCUUGAAGGAAGGCAUCCACGUCAGACUGUCGGGAGAAGACGUCGAGAGAGGAACCUUCUCUCACAGACAUCACGUGCUGCACCACCAGAAAGUGGACAAGGCGACGUAUUGUGCGCUCGCGCAUCUGUACCCUGAUCAAGCGCCCUACACCGUUUGCAACAGCUCACUGUCUGAAUACGGUGUGCUCGGCUUCGAAGUAGGGUACUCGGUAACCAACCCGAACGCCCUGGUGCUGUGGGAGGCUCAGUUCGGGGACUUCAACAAUGUGGCGCAGUGCAUCAUCGACCAGUUCAUCUCCAGCGGGCAGGCCAAGUGGGUGCGCCAGUCCGGCAUCGUGCUGUUGCAGCCGCACGGCAUGGAGGGCAUGGGUCCGGAGCACUCGUCGGCGCGCCUGGAGCGAUUCCUGCAGAUGAGCUCCGACGACCCCGACUACAUGCCCCCCGAGAGCCCCGACUACGAAGUCCGCCAGCUCCACGACUGCAACUGGAUCGUGGCCAACUGUUCGUCGCCAGCGUCGUACUUCCACAUCCUGCGGCGGCAGAUCAUGUUGCCGUUCCGCAAGCCCCUCAUCCUGAUGACGCCCAAGUCGCUGCUGAGGCACCCCGAGGCCAAGUCCUCCUUCGACGACAUGAACGAAGGAACUUCCUUCAGAAGAGUGAUCCCAGAAGAAGGACCCGCAUCUCAGAACGCGCAGGGCGUCCGCAAACUUGUGUUCUGCUCCGGCCGCGUGUACUACGACCUCCUCAAGCAGCGCCGCGACCGGGGACUCGAGGCUGACAUCGCUAUUGCCAGGGUUGAACAAAUCUCGCCGUUCCCGUACGAUUUGAUCAAAGCUGAAGUGGCCAAAUACCCGAACGCGCAACUUGUGUGGAGCCAAGAGGAGCACAAGAACAUGGGUUCGUGGAGCUACAUCGAGCCUCGCUUCCGCACGCUGCUGCAGAACCAGAAGCAGAUCUGGGCAAAGUCCCAAUCGGGGGGUAGUUGGUUGAGCCAGCUUUUCGGCAGCUCAGAGGCUCCAAAACCCGCCGAACAGGGUGAUUCGGAGACCAAAACUGUCCCGCGCACCAUUAGCUACAACGGGCGCGCCACCGCCGCCUCCCCCGCCACCGGUUCCAAGGCGGCCCACAACAAAGAACUCAAGAAUCUUCUCGAAGAAUUCUGUGUAUUAUAAACUAACAAUCUCAUCGCCCAGCCUUUAUGAUACACAACACAUAGUACACACUACUAUGCCCCUUUAAAACGUACUUUAUUUCGAAACGACAUUUAUCUUUGACAUUUUUCGACGAAAUUUUUUUGUAUAAAUUUUUCUUUUUCAUACCGUCAGUAUUUUGUUGUAAUUCUCUUCAUGAUUAGGUAGGGUAGUUAGAUAAAUUCUAAUUUAUUUAUUUAAUGUAGCAUAAUAGCGUGCCGUAAAAUUGUUAUUUAUUUUCCUAGGUAAAGCAAAAUAGCUUAGUAUCCACUGUUAAGCCCUUUCACGGAUUUAUUGCUUUAUAACUAUUAACGAAUCGCUAUUUACUGUAGUUUAAUUUUGUACAGAAAUAUGUGAACAUUUUAUUUUUUUAUUUCAAUGUGACAUAUUAUUUUUUUUUGCUGGCGGGUUAAUACGUUCCUUUUGCUAGUCCGAAUUUUCGUAAUUGUAACGAUUAGGUUGCAACUGUACUAGUGAGUAGCGCUAUGUAGAUUAAAAAUAAUACGUACGUGCGUGGCUUUACACCUAACUUAUUUUGUAGGUAAUAAAAGCCCAACGUUUUUGCGCUACUCGCCACUGUGGUUCAUGCCUUAUUAAAAUAAAAUUCGUAUAACGAUAUUAAUCAAGCGAUAUUACUAUGUGGUAUUAAAUACAUAAUCGAUUUAAAUUGCACUCUAGUACGUACUGUUACGGUAAUAAUUUGUUAGCGUCUCUACUCUUAAGGUCGUUAUGUGUUGCACCCCGCCGCGCCCUAGAUUUACUUGUCAUAGUUACCGCCGUUUUGAACGGCAAAUUGUAAGGAGUAACACCAACGCCCAAUGCUUUGUAAAAACCAACGCGUAAUAUUGUCUUAAUCUUAAACUGCCGAAUAAGGUGUCGCUAGCGAAUAAUAUGUACCUAUAUGUCGUAUUGUGCUUUCGCUAAUUGAACAGUUUCACAGUUGAACUGUGAAAAAAAUAUAUUUAGUGAAAGAGGUCGAACGUUGCGGAUGAAUAUCUAAAGAAAAGUGAAAGAGAUACAUAAAAUUCAGUAGUGGCAACUUAUUUAUCAGUUUGGUAUAUCCUUAGUCCUAAAUCUAUACAACUUCGUAUCGUUACCUAAUCUGUACGUAGAAUUAUCUCUUCACUAAAUCGGCUGUUAAUAUUGUAACUAUUUACAAAUAUUUGUUGAUACCUGUUAAUUUGUCGGCGAAAUGUCAUUUUUGUGUAAAAUUUAUUUACCUUUGGAACACUAUUCGCAUGUAUUAAAUGCACUGUUCGAAAUCCUUUAGAUGUUUACAUAUUUUAGAAUUGAGCUCGGGACGCAAGGAUUGUAUGGCAAAGUGAAAGGAAUGAAAGAUUGUCUGGUAGGUAAACCUGAGCCCAAUUUAACGCUAUGUUAGUUACAAUUAGUUAUUUUACAAAUAUAAUUAUACAGUAAA